AUGUUCAAGUCCGAGGAGGAUUGCUACGUUCUCAUCGAGGAUGACGAGAAUGCUUCUCUAGAGGAGAAGGGCUGCGCUAGUCCCACCACAUCCACACUACCACCAAAAUCGCGCCUCUGUGUCGCGGCGUGGAUCUCGCGGCUCUACCAGGUGCGGAAAGAGCGGGCGCGCACGCGCUCGCGGGGACCACCACGCGCCAAGCCAGCGCCUGCUUCCACUCCAACGGAGGAUUUCUCGACGUCGAUGUCGCUGCUGCCCGAGCGGCGACAGGAGCAGCUGAGAUGGCUGUCGUAUUCUGAGUCUAUUCCAUGGGGGUACUGUGUCUGUCUAUGA